AUGAGUACUCCUCGCCGCAGCAGAGCCAUGCCAACGGACGGUCCAACCGCCAAGUUUCUCUACACCAUCAUCAAGCAGUUGGAUCUGAAGUCGAUUGACUGGAACCUCGUUGCCUCCCAACUCGAAAUCUCCAACGGUCAUGCGGCACGGAUGCGCUAUUCUCGCUUUCGGCAGCAGAUGGAGGGCAUUGCGUCCAAACCACGAGAGCCCCGAGCCAAGAAAACCCCCAACAAGUCCAAGAACGGCUCGUGCAAGGCAGACAAUCAGCUGGAGGAGAAUGUCGUGCAGCCCAAGUCGGAGCUGAAGCAGGAACCCGGUCUCCUGCUCUACCAGUCGAGCCCGUUCAUCAAGGCCGACCCUUACGGGCAGCGACUUUCUUCCCUGGCAGACAUACCCCAAGCCACGACCCAGAUGCUGCCAACGACGUCUCUCCAAAUGUCCGCCAUUCCGUACUCCCCGGUGACUGUGGCUCCGUCGGACCUGAGGAUGUAUGCACCAACGGCCGGCUUCCUGGGUCCGUCCCCAAUGGACUAUGGGCAGCAUCCUAGUCCCCGCCAUGUUUGGACACCCGUCAAAGCCGAGCCAGAAGAUCAUGGAGGAGUUGACGACGUGCUUGUCAAGGUGGAGAAGACCGACGAGGCUGGGAUUCCUUCACAAUGUGACGAGGUCGAAUAUCAAGGAACGGCCGUUGCGGGCAUGGACGGAGGACCCAUGGAAAGCCGGAAAUGA